AAUCCACUCGUCGCAACCAGCAAUCCCUAUCCUUCUGACUCAUCAUCCAAUUAUACUCCAUAAAUUAUCAUUCUGCAUGUUUGAAUUUUCCUUCCACCAUCUUCAAACUUCAUACCCUACUCAGUGUUCACUGUUCACUCGUCAAUGGCCGCCGAUAAGCCUCACGCCGUCUGCACCCCGUUCCCGUUUCAAAGCCACAUCAAGCAAAUGAUGAACUUGGCAAAGCUCCUCCACCACCGAGGCUUCCACAUCACCUUCGUUAACACAGAGUUCAACCACCGCCGCCUACUCCAAUCCAGAGGCCCCAAUUCCCUCGACGGCCUCCCGGACUUCCAAUUCGCCACCAUUCCCGACGGCCUCCCUCCCUCCGACUCCACCCCGGACAUCCCCUCCCUCUGCGACUCCGUCGCAAAGAACUUCUUGCCCCCGUUCCGACAUCUCCUCUCUAAGUCUGCAAAAUCUUCGAUCGCCCCUCCGGUGACCUGCCUCGUCUCCGACGGCUUCAUGUCCUUCACCCACGCCGCCGCCGCCGAGCUCGGAGUCCCAAAUGUGAUCUUGUGGACCAUAUCCCCUACCGGCCUAAUGGGUUUCAGACAACAUCGCGCUCUCAGGGAAAAGGGCUUUACACCACUUAAAGAUUCCAGCUAUUUUACAAAUGGGUAUCUAGACAUUACCAUUAUAGACUGGAUUCCGGGCAUGAAAGAUGUUCGGCUGAGGGAUCUCCCGAGCUUCCUUCGAACCACAGACCCAAACGAUAUCCUGUUUGAGUUUUGCAUGAGAGAAACGGAGAUGGGUUCCAAAGCUUCCGCCAUGAUUCUCAACACGUUUGAUGAAUUGGAGCCAGACGUUUUGGAAGCCCUUUCAUCCAUGUUCCCCCCAAUAUACACCAUUGGACCUCUUCACUUGCUCAUCAAUCGAGUACCACUUGAAGAGCCUUUGAGGUCUAUUGGAUCCAAUCUGUUAAAAGAAGAGCUCGAAUGUCUCCAAUGGCUCGAUUCCAAGAAACCCAAUUCCGUGCUCUACGUAAACUUCGGCAGCACAACGGUAAUGGCGCCGGAACAGUUAAUCGAGUUCGCUUGGGGGCUUGCCGGCAGUAAUUGCUCCUUUCUGUGGGUAAUUCGGCCGGGUAUGGUCUCCGGCGACUCUGCGAUUCUGCAGCCGGAAUUCGAGGCGGCGACCGGAGAAAGGGGGUUGAUUGAGAGCUGGUGCCCGCAAGAGGAAGUUCUGAACCACCCGGCGACGGGGGGAUUUCUGACGCACGGCGGGUGGAAUUCGAUGGUAGAGAGUUUGUCCGCCGGAGUGCCGGUGAUCUGCUGGCCGUUCUUCGCGGAGCAGCCGACGAACUGUAGGUACGCUUGCCGGGAAUGGGGGAUUGGGAUGGAGAUUGGGAGUGAGGUGAAGCGGGAGGAAGUGGAGAAGAUUGUGAGGGAGGUGAUGAUGAAGGGAGAGAAGGGAAAGGGGAUGAAGAAGAGAGUGAUGGAGUUGAAGGAGAAAGCCCAUAAGGCUGUUGCUCCGAAUGGCUCGUCGUUCCUGAAUUUGGAGAAGGUGGUGAAAGAAAUGCUUUCCGCCCAGGAAAAUACUGUAAGUCUAGGAAAAUGAUCUUCCUGAGUUGAUGCUAUGGAAAAUAUUUUGUAUAAAGUUGUUGAACAAAUAAAUAAAUAAAUAUGGCAUCAAACAAACCUUGAAGGCUCAAAAA